AUGUCCGCUCACCACGCCGAGUCCUCCACCUCCAACGGCUCCUCCGGCCAACCCAAGUUCUCAAACGGACCACAUAUCCGUUCUCGCAUCACUGUCGUCUGCGCGGAGUGCAAACGCCUGAAGCUCAAGUGCGACCGUCGGACCCCAUGCAGCUCGUGCAUUAAGCGCGACACCGUUCAACGAUGCGUCUACUCCCAGGCUGCGGCCGAGAAAGUCGACGUCCAAUCCCUCCAUAACCGCAUUCUCGAGAUCGAGCGCGUGCUUGCCCAAAUGCAAGCCGCCGGCCCCUCUCCCUCAGCUUCCGCCGCGCUCGCCUGCAUCCCUGCGCUCAAGCAGACUGCGAACGCGGUGGCCGGUCCGAGCAGAGCCGGCCCUUCCACUGUCCCUCCCACACUCAUGGCCGGCCUGCCAUGCAACGACCGCGCCCUUCUCGCCCAAGGCGCGUCGGGGAGUUCCGUGGUCAUCAGCCUCGACGACGUCGUCAGUCUUUGGCUCAGCGAGUAUGAGGCCGAAAUCAUCGAAGGCAAGUCCUCAGAUCCCCGGCCUGGUUCAAUCUCCUUCGCCCCCGGCGCAGGUUCACAUCUACCAGCCGGCGGCCUGAACUCGCUACAACCCCCCGCGCCCUUCGAAGCGUUUCUUCCGCCUCCUUCAGCAGGUCCUACUGCGCUCCCACAAGUCACCGCCGCGCUGGUCGCCUACCUGCCCGCGGACUCCGCGCGCUCCCGGUUCCUCAAGGCGUUCCGCGAGACGAUGCUCCUCCACCCGUCGUUCAAUGUGCCCCACUUCGAGCAGCGCAUCGCCGCCGUCUUCAGCUGGGCGGAGACGGGCGAGAGCGCGGGCACCGCGACGCCCGCCUACGGGGCGCGACCCAUGUCGAAGCAGGAGCUCGCGCGCGACAUCUUCCUCUCGUCUGCGAAGCCCGGGGCGGGGGCCAGCUUUUUCUCCGCCGCGGCGGCCGCGUUCGCGUUGGGGGCGCUCGUGGCGCGCGACGAGGAUCCAGAGGCGGACCGUGCAGAGCCCCUCACGCCGCUGACGCCGGGAGAGAGCGCGGGCACGCCGGCGACGUUGUUCGCGCUGUCGGAGCAGGCGCUGCAGUUCUUCGAGAAGACGUCGGCGUACGACCUCGACUCGAUUAUCGCGAUGAUCCUGCAGGUGCUGUACAUGCUCCACGAAGGCCAGAUGAGCGUCGCGCAGAGCGUUUUCCCUUGCUUCGUGGCCGACAGCAUGGGCCAUCCUCCCCUCAUCGCCGACAACACGCAUACAACGCAUAUUCCCGCCGACGUCGACGAAGAUAGGUUCACCCCGUCCUCAACAUCCCUACCCAUACCAGAGAACUCCGACAAAGACUCGACGUCGGAGUACUUUGCGCUCAAGUGCAAGCUCGCGCAGCUGUCAGAACCUCCCAUCGACCAAGCCGCGAACUUCGAGGCCGACGUCGAGGCGUUCCUCAACGACCUUCCUCCGACCUGGCGUUUCGAGCCCGUUGCGGACAUCACGGCACCCGUCGCUCCUCUCCCCGUCGGCGCGUCGCCCUUCCGUCUCGCGCAAAAGUGCGAGCUCGCGAUCCUCGCCCACCGGCUCGUCCUCAAGACCUACCUUCCCUUCCUCAAGACUGCGCGCCCCGGCGCGGCCCACCAGGCGGUCUACGGCGCGAUCGGUGCCGCACACAACGUCAUCGGGGCGGCGCGGCCCUCCACGCCGUGUGGGCGGCACCCGGCCCGCCGUGUUCGACUUCUACGACUUCGGGCGGACGGUGUUCGACGCGGCCGUCGUGUGCGCGCACGCGGUGUCCAGGAGCCGCACAGCCUCAUCGCGGGCGAGGGCGUGAAGGACGUCGCGUGCGCGUUCGCGAUCCUCCAGGACAUCGGGACGUACGCCGGGGCGUCGAGGGCGUCGGCGCCGGGGUAG